AUGAUGAUUAUACGAGAUGGCAAAAAGUUCCGUGCAAAACCUACUAUUGGUGGCGUGAAUGCGAAUCAGGAGAUGAUGGGCAUAUUAUGUAUUGAGGCUCAGCAGGAUAGGCAUCAAUACAGCGAGACGGUGGAAUGCGCAGCAGCUAUAAAUACGCGUACAAAUGCAAGUCGAUAUUCGGUCUCAGAUGAAGCCGAUAGAUAG